AUGGACAGCAGCAAUUCACGCGCCUCGCCCACGCCGCCCGCGCCGCCCACGCCGACGGCACCCACCAAGGCAGAGGCCAUGUCGACGUCGACGUUGCGGGCGGCGCGCGGCCAUACACCGACGGCCAGCCGGUCUGCCUCGCGGCUCGUCAAGGCAGAGAUGACGGCGCAGAGCCCCGCGCGGGCGGCGAGCAGCAACAGCCUCAAGCAGAAGACGGCGGCCAAGGUGGACGAGCCGCCGCGGGCGAGCAAAGCAGACGAGGUGGGCUUGGAUGCUGCACACAUACGGCAGACGAGGAGCACGACUGACACGGCACAGCAGCUCAAGGCCCUGAAGGCCGAGUUUGACAGUUUGCGCUCGCAUCUCACGUGCAAGGUCUGCGACCGCCUCCUGUACCAGCCAUACACGAUAGCAUGCGGCCACACGUACUGCUACACGUGUCUCUGCACCUGGUUCACCGAGAACAAGCAGAACAAGCAGAAGCUGACAUGUCCCGACUGCCGCGUGGUGGUCCAGCACCUGCCUGCGCCCGCUUAUGUCAUCAGAGACAUGACCGCCGUCUUCAUCGCCCGCGCCGACCUCCUACCGCCUGGCGAAACCAUCCAAGACCACAGGAAGUGGCAGCAAGACGACGCCAAUGCCGUGCAAAAGGACCGCGACAACACCGACCCACGUACCGGCGGGCUAUUCAAGGGCCUGUUCAAUGCACAUGCGCACCCCCUGCGCCCAUCGCUCCACAUCGUCCGCGACCAGGAGGACGGCGUCGAUCGCUGUCCCAUCUGCACGUGGGAGCUCGAGGACGGCGCCUGCACGCAGUGUGGCCUGGUCUUUGACGAGACGGGCGAGGUCUCGUGGGACAACAGCUUCACAGGCUUCAGUGACAUGGACGACAUGUCUGAGCAGGACGCCGACGACCUCGAUGCCGCCAUGGGCCUGGAAGAAGGCGAUUUCGAGGGCUUUGGCGACUCAAUGGACGGCUGGCAAGACUACCUCGGCGAUCCAGGCGCUGGUUUCGUCAUGCGCCGCUUCCUCCAACACAACAACUCCGGCCCACGCCGCCACAUGUCUCACAGCGAGGCCGGCAGCAGACGCUCGUACUCUCAGAGCAUCGUCUCGGACGUCUACGGCGACGAAAUGGACACGGUCGAGGAGGAAGAGGAAGAAGAGGACUCCGAGAUGAACGACUUUAUCGACGACGAAGCUCCGGAGCCCUCGCCUUCGGCCAGCGGUGCCUCCUCCACGCCCGGUCAGACACCCCAACCCACAGCAACCCGGCCACGGCUCCAAGCAAGAGCACGUCCUAUAGUGGAGGAAUCCGAGACCAGCUCAGCCAUUUCAAGUGUGGUCGAGGAGGAGGAGGACGAGGAGGCUGAGGAGGAGAACGAGGACGAAGAAGUAGAAGAAGACGCUGGUCCCGUGCGCCGAGGGCAAAGACCGCGAGCCCAAAACCACGUGCUGAACAGGGCCAACGGCUCUCGCUCCAGAUUCGCUCGCGUCGUUGCGCCGUCUUCAUCAGCGUCUACGGAUGCCUCAGCUGACGACCUUGAUGAAGAUACGCAAGCACUACUACAGGAAGAAGGCUGGAUGCGGCAAACGGAUGACGAUGAGAUGGACGAAGAAGAUGGAGACAGCGAUGGUGGAGCUACGACCGUUGGGUGGGAACCGCUUGCGAAUUCAAAUGACAGAAGCCGGAUGGGCGGUUCUCUAACACCUACUGCAGAUCGUCCUCGGCCUAGUGCCCCUAUCCGCCCCCCCUCGCGAGUGGGUAAUGUCCGAGCGCUCGAUGCCUCUCGUGGCCUCCGACGAAGAUCCUCUGUUCUGUCGAAUUCACCGGCUCACUACGAGGACGGCGAAGCCGAUGACGAUGACUCCGAUCAAGACGGCGACCUCGACAUGGCAAUGCACGCUCUUCGUAAUCGUCGCUCACAGCAGAUGAUGCGCAAUGGGCCAGUCUUCCAAAGCGCACCGGCUCGGUUCAUUCCCCAGGGAGGCAACGCUGCCAACGACGCAGACACCGACGACAACUCUGACAACUCGCAAGCUGGCCUCGGCCGUGGCGCGGCACGUACCCAACGGCGCGAAUACGAUCCGCGUAUCAGCUGGAUGUUCGCUGCACACCAAGCUGCGUUGCAACAGCACCAAACGGGUGGCAACUUGAUAGAUAUUGAAUCUCGCUCCAUCACACCACUGAAUCGACCGCCUACGUCCAACCGCAACCGUCAAAGCCCAGCGCCAGCCUCCUUCUCCCCCUUCCUACCUCCAGCACGACUGCGUACCCCACUGAUGGACAACUCCAAUAUCGGCCUGUCCUCACGUGUUAUGGCAUCGCCAAACAGGCGAAGUGCCAUGUCCCCUGCCCUCCCGUCCGCAGGUGUCCUGGAGAGCGCAUCUCGAAGUGAUCGUACAUCUUCUACCAGCUCGGCAGGCAACGACUCUGUUGUCCUAACGCCUGGCACAUCAACACCUAAUUCGUUGUAUUCCAUUGACCAGACAGUGCGUACGCAUGCCGUGGCAGCUAUGGAUAUGAUUGAUCGUCCUCAAAGCCGCGUCAGUGCCCGUCCCCCAUCAGCAGCAGGCCGCAGAGGAUCCACCAAUUUCUCGCCAGUCUAUCAGACCUUUCCACCUCCCAAUAUGGGUCUACAUGCUCCGGCAUCUGCAGCACCUGCUCGUCCAGCCAACCCAUGGGCUGCGUAUGUAUCGCGGACCAUCAGAGCCCGGAACUCUCGUUUGGGACUUCGGGAGCAAUCGUCAACAGCCACGCUGAGGCCCACUAGCUCCCGUGCUAACAUCCGUGAGAACGCAGCUCCCGCCCCGGCCAUGAGGACUCAAGCCUCACGAAUUGGUUUGCGCCCACAGCCUUCGGUGCGUCGACUGAGUGCACAGCCGUCCACGAGGGCUCUUCGAGCUCCACCAUCGCCUGGUCCCAAUGGACCAUUGGCCGGCCAGCCAAUGGCGCGGGUGCCAAUCGGAUUAACACAAGACGAUGUGACCGCUCGCGCUCGCGAGCUCCGCAACAAUAGAGAGCAGGCUCUUGGUCUCUCCAAUAAUGUGCCGGCGCGUACCAAUCCAUUUCAGUCAGGGUUCCGCCGACCAAGCAACGCUGGGAACAUGCCCCCAAUGGUACAAGCCCAAAGCGGAUCGCAACAUGUUCGGAGCAAUUCCAAUGAGUCCACGGGGUCAGUCAAUUCCGCUGGCACUGCUCACGACGUCUCCACAGGCCCAUCACUAGGACGACGCAGGAGUAAUCGUAACAUGAUGAACGUUCCACCACCUGGUGUUCUACCUCCUUCGCAGGCCUUUACUUCUCCGGUAACUGCGUAUACCAACAACGCAUACCAUUUACGACAGGGUAACCAAAUCGGUCCCUUGGCGGCAUUCGAGCCACCAGUACAGAACAACCACAACAGGACAGCUAAUCCUGUGGCCACUGGCCAGCUUAUCUGA